UAUGUUUUUAUUUAUUGCUCAAAAGUUUGAAAAUUCUCAAAAUUCAUCUGGAGUACUCGCCUUUUAAUCCAUGGAAUGCAAUGAACCUCCAACGGCGAUCAGUGUUGUGCACUCGCUCAUAAGCGAUUUGGUUACCGAAGCUGAAAAUUCCGCCAGGCCAGUUUGGGAAGCAUCCAAGAGUUCCGCUCACAAAAUCUCUAGUUGCGAAAGACUCUUUCAAUUAUUAGGCUUUGCGGUCUGUCCGGAUGAGGAUGAUGAAGGGAGCACUGCAACCUUAAAGGUUCUGCACAUGAAUCGUCAAGAGUCUGGAGCGAGUUAUCCGGAGAUCUGCAGUCAUGCACAUGAUAUAGAGCAUCGCUAUCAUUGGCAUAGUUGGCUAGCAGAGGCGAUUGCUGACGAUAACUCAGAGGAUGAGCUGGAGCUUUACCGUAGAAGCGUCAAGACCUAUCGCGAGAAUGGCUGCCAGACUGAGCAGCCGCGCUUGCAGAAGCGCCCUGAUGGCGUAAAUACGCCUGCCAACCGUGCCCUACAAGCGCCCGCACCCUGUGAGCUCACCAGGCAGACACUUUAUUUUGAGGCGCUCUCCUAUCCUGCACCCACUAUUAUGCGACGCCCCCCUCUAGCUGAUCGCUUUUGCUAUAUGUUAACCGAUUUUGCGUCGGCACUCUACUGUAGUCUUGCCAUCAUGUGCUGUUGCACCCCGAAUAUGUUUCGAUAAAUAUAUUUGGCUUCAUAUUUUAUUUGUUUAAACUUUAAA